UCUUUGCAAACCUAGUGACAGUUCAAAUCAAUUUUGUGAUUGAAAAUUUAUAUGGAUUGUUGAUUUCCUGCGAAUUAAACAGAAAGGUAUUUACAAUAUAGUUUCGCACUUUAAAACCCUACCAUAUUUCUUCUCUUAUCAUUCUUCCACUCUAAAGCUGUAACUGCAACUCAUGUCAGAAACCUCACUGCAAACAAAACCUAAGGAAGAAAAGCCUCCGUCCAGAAUACCUGAAUCAGUAAGGAGAAUAAUAGCAAUGGAAAAAGAAAAUGAAACAAAUGCAAGUCGCAAAUCUAGAAUUGAUCUAAAUGCACUACCCACUCGCCAAUACUUAGACCAAACUGUUGUUCCAAUAUUACUGCAAGGACUGUCAGCAUUGGCUAAGGAGCGACCACCGGAUCCCAUCAAUUACCUCGCUGCAUACUUGCUCAAGAAUAAAACAACAUUUGAAAACAAUAAUUCAGGAACUAACAACAAUCCUCCACAAAAUCCACAAAGCUAACUUUGAUUAUUUUAUAAUUUAAUUUCAAACAUGUAAGUACCAAGAAUUAUAAUGACAAAGUAUCUACAUGAUAAUUUGUAAAUUCUAGGUUAGUUGUCGAUCCAAAUGAGGUUUAAAGCAGUUGCCACAAAUGGUAAAAAAAAUUGUGACAAUUAGAUCUCAAAACCAAAGUAACUCAAUAUGAUGACAAAAAAUAUUAUUGUGCAAAAAUAAAACUAUUUAAUUUCAAUCCGCCUUAUUAAUAAACUUAGAAUAAGCUUAGAUUACUUACUCCAUGUUUUGUCUCUGUUCAUCAAAUGACAAAUGGCAUUUGAGUGACAUGAACAAAACACAGCGUAACUUGCUCAGCUUAUUAUUUGUUUAUUAAUAAGGGGGAAUAUGUAUUGUGUACUGUUUUGUCACAAAAUCUUAAAGAUUAAUGAAUUAAUCGAAUUUUGCAAGUCCUAAUCUUCAUUAUUGUUUUUGUUUCACUAAGCAGAGUACAUCCAUGGAUGGAAUUGUAUGAAUAUUUAUCACAUUAAAGUUUAAACUAUUCUGCAAUGUCUGAAGUUUCUCCCACACCUGCGCAAUGAAGCUUGGUACCAUACCAAAUGCACUAAAAUUAGUCUUUAUCUAUCUAUUCUAAUGAAUUAUUAAGCUGCGGGUCUAUAAACCACUGCGGCCGAGUGGUUUGUGUGCCGGGUUUCAAGGUGUCGCCUACUCCAGAGAUUCUGUGAGAGGUUCAAGGUUGGAAUCUUGGUAGGGGCAGAUGUUUGUGUGAUCAAUACAAUGUGAGCAUUUGUACUCCAGUCAUAGAUAUUUAAAUUGUAUUUCAAUAUAAAUAUACUCAUAUAUCAUCAUCAUCAUUAUUGGAAUAUUUAUUGUUUAUAGACACUAGGCGAUAGCUUGACUGGUAUUUUAGCACAUUUUUAGUACCAAAGCUUCGUCGCGGCAUAUGGGAGAAACAUGAAAGUUUUCAAACUGCAUGUUCUCUACCCUCUACUAAUCAGAAAUAUUUAGGCACGAAAUGUUUAAAACAAAUAUCAGAUUUUUAAUGAGCAAAAGCUUUCAAACAAUAAGAAAUAGAAAUAAUCUUAGAUAUUUGUUUCACCAAUCUAUUUGUACAACAAAAUUAGUUCAAUAGAAAGAUUGUUAUAAAAAUUUGUACCAUUGCUAUCAUUUAAUUUUGAGAGUUCAAGCUUGGUUUCAUGAAAUAAAUAUAACAUUCGAAAAUCAUUUUUACUCUUCAUAUUGAUCAUCAACUUAGAUCUUAUUCUAAUUUAACUUGUAGAAGUCUUUUUAUGUUUAACUAGCCUUAAUUAUUUCUAAAUAAAUAAGUCAGAUUACCAAUUAA